AUGUCUCUGCUCAUCUUCAACCACCCUCUCACCUCCACCCCUUCCACUGGCAACGCUAGUGCUCUCCCUGCUGUAGCUGUCCAAAACUGCAGCCAGCUCGUGGCCUUGAAGACCAGAAACUUCGACGAGCUAAUUGCCCUCGGCUCCCAAGUUUACGAAGGGUUUUCCGACCAUUUCGAGUUCGUGGUAUCCUCCAUCAUCAACGAUACCACUCCUGGCUCUACUGAGCAUAAGCUCGCAGAGGCAAUCUACUUUCGAGAUGGGCACAACAUGGCCAUGCUUUCUCGCAUCGCCGACAUGACUCGCUUCCAGCUGGAACACGAAGCUCUUGCUGCUGGCCUCCUGGACAGUAAUCAGAUCAGCACGGUGAGCGAUUUUGCGUUGGAGCUUCAGCUGAGGGCUUGGGUGAAUAGGGAGAAUGAGGAGCACUUUGCGCAGCUAAAUCGUGAUGAUAGUGGAUAUCAUACUACCGAUCCUAGCAUUGAUAUUGAGCCUUCAAAUGAGGAUAGUGAGGAUGACAAGAAGGGAAAGAAACCAAUUUUCAUCAAGGUGUGGAAGAAGGAGCUUGGCAGAUAUGUCACAUAUGCGUACUAG